AUGUUUAUGGAGCGUGCAUGUAUGGUUAGCUCACGACAAGCUAUAGUAACUAUAGUGGGCGCAAUAGUCGUGAUUGAGUUAUUGCGAGUGUACUUCGUCAACAAUGGCUACAAAAGCAAUUUGCGAUACUCUGAAAAAAGUAAAAAAAAGAGUUUUCACCUGGAGGUGACAGUGCUCACGUACAACAGUGCAGACUCGCUGCGGCGUCUGUUACAAUCACUGGAGAAUGCGGAGUACGAUCACGACAGCAUCACGCUGCACAUCUGCAUCGAUGGAGCGAAGGUUGGUGACGAGCUAUCCGGACAUCGACAGACCGUGCGGGUGGCCGGGCGAUUCCAGUUCACGCACGGUGAGAAAGUGUUGACAGUGCGCUCGCGUAACGUCGGCGUGACCGCGCAAUGGUUAGACUGCUGGAACCCAGACGUCUCUCCCGGCAAUUACGGACUGAUACUAGAAGACGAUCUACGUCUCUCACCGUAUUACUAUCGGUGGCUGAAAGCCGCAAUUAUCACCUACAGCGGUCAUCGUGAGGUUGGAGGCAUUACGCUGUUUAGGGAGACGUUGGUAGCUGGACAAAUACCCAUGAACCACCGCGACCCCCUCUGCACGGUUUGUGGGAAUCAGACGGCUUUUCUUUAUCGCUUUUCUUCGAACAGCGGCUACGCUCCUAUGCCGAGUAUCUGGAGGAAAUUCAGACAAUGGUUGCUGACAACGAUGAAUAAAACUGCAGACACCGAUCAAUUUCUUCCGUAUGUAUUGAGCCAGAAUGUCGUCAUGAAUUCCUGGAUUACUAAUGAUUUUCUGCGGCGGAAUGCCAUGAGUAUCGAAUACUACCAGUAUUACUUCAUGGCUACCCACAAUCUGUUCACGUUGUACGCAAACCUGCCCGCCAGCAAAACGCUCGCGUGCGUGCGGCGGUCAGACGGGAAGAAAGGCAAGACGAGACGAAGACAAACUGGAAAAUGCGAUGUUGAGCCUUUGGCUGCAUGGGAUGAAGCGUACGGGCAAUUCUCUGCAAAUUCUAUACGCCUGGAUUGGGACGGCUAUCCCGCUGAAUAUUUCCGUUGA